AUGAUUCAUUCAAAAUUUGACCUUGUCGUUUCACCUGCGAACGGUUUCAGCCAGGGGACUGGGCAGAUCCCAACUUUCGACCUGGCCAACAAUCAUCCCUUCCAACCUUUCAUCCCCGACCACCCUGAUCUUCCUUUCCCCGACCCUAUUGCCGCCGAGUCCGGCAAUACCGAAUCUCCUCCAGAGUACCGAUCCGCCCAGCCAUCCUCCCGAGCCCAACCCAAUCUCCGCCGCCGCCGCCUUCCUUCAAGCAGCCCUGAUCCUUCAGUUACGGGGAUUAGAGCCACGCCUGAAGACGGCACCGCAGUCGCGUCCCCGAACGAUUCUAUACCUCCCGGCCGAGCUGACGGUCAUUCUUCAUCCCACAAGCGUAGGCGCCUGGCAACCAUGCGUGCGGAUGGACUAUCGACAAAUGGCUUUCCACAGGCCUCCAACGGCUCGAUCCCUACCUCAAGAAAAGCCAGUAUGAACGGCCAAUCCACUACUGCGUCGAAUGGAGAGUCACACACGAACGGUUCUGCCAAGUCUCUGGCAAACAUGAGCUACUACGGCCAUAGGCGGGAGGAGGUCACGCGCAUUAUAAUGCAGAGUCUGUACGAGAUGGGCUACGGCGGCGCGGCUUCUAUGCUGAGUGCUGAGAGCGGCUAUCAACUAGAGACCGCCGGGGUGGCCACCUUCCGAAGUGCUGUGUUGGGCGGGCGAUGGUCGGAGGCUGAAAGGAUUUUGAUUCAGUCAUUCAGGAAUGGAGGUGCAAACAAUACCCAGAGAUCCUCACCGGAUGAGAAUACACUAUUGUUGGCGGAAGAUGCGGACAGGAGCAAAAUGCUCUUCUACUUGCGGGAACAUAAGUUUCUUGAGCUCCUGGAGGCGGGUGAUCUAGGCGCGGCACUGAUUGUUCUGCGGCAAGAACUCACGCCGUUGAAGUACAAUGUUGAACGUCUUCAUGCUCUUUCUAGCUUUCUCAUGUGCCCCACAGAAUUGCUACGUGAUCAACCUGGAUGGGACGGCCCCCACAGCGUAUCGCGAGAACGGCUUCUCGCGAAGCUAUCCAGGUCCAUAUCCCCUUCUGUCAUGAUUCCUCAGCACCGACUCGCAGUUCUAUUAGACAGUGUGAAGCAGAGUCAGAUCAACAACUGUCUGUACCACAAUACUGCUGAUCCGCCUUCGCUUUACUCGGAUCACAUGUGUGACCGAAAUGACUUCCCAUUGCAAGUCACCCACGACCUCACUCAACACUCUGACGAAGUCUGGUAUUGCGGGUUUUCCCACGAUGGCACAAAGCUGGUCACUGCUGGCACGGACAAUACCGUGUUUAUAUACGACACCAGUGACUUUAAAGUGCUUCAGCGGCUAGAUGAUCAUGCUUCGGGAGUUGCAUUUGCUAGCUGGAGCCCAGAUGACUCGAAACUAAUUACCUGCUCACAAGACAAAAAAGCCCGAACUGGCCGCUGUCUUCUCACCAUUGACCAUCAUAGCGAACCCGUAACCGCCGCCGCUUGGGCUGCAGACGGUGAAUCGUUCGUAACGGCUUCUUUCGACUUAAGCUCGCAACUCUGCCACUGGAGUCUUCGUGGGACAUCGCUGCACAAGUGGAAAGGCGGGUUCCGGGUGCAGGAUUGUGCUGUCAGCAAGGAUGGACGACGACUUGUAGCGGCAGACACUGAUUCAAAGAUCCACGUGUUCGAUUUCCAAACCUACGAGGAAGUCAUCUGCUUCCCUGUCGCCAGCAAACCCACAUCAGUUGCUAUUAGCCGGGACUCAAAACAUAUGCUCGUGAGCUUGGCAGAAGGAGAGAUCCAGCUCCUCGAGAUGGACACAUCCUUUGUGAUUAGGCGUUUCUCAGGUCAGAAGCAGGGCAAGUUUGUUAUCCGGAGCACAUUUGGCGGGGCAGAUGAGAACUUUGUCGUCAGCGGCAGCGAAGACUCCCAGGUCUACAUCUGGCAUAAGGACAAUGGCAAGCACGUGGAGACUCUUGGGGGGCAUAUCUCGGGUUGUGUCAACUCAAUAUCAUGGAACCCGACGAACGCAACAAUGUUUGCUUCAGCAGGCGAUGACUGUGCUGUGCGCAUGUAA